CGAAACCCACACACUGAAAUUAAAAUGGUCCUAGGGGAUCUUGGGGGUAAAACUCUGGGGAAACCCAUAAAAGUUCCCCCUUUACUAUACUACCCUUUCAAAAGAAUGUUUUUUCUAACAUAAACAGAAAUUGAUUGAUCUGUGUAGAAAUGUUUCAAUGAGGAAAUAACAGAGGGAUUUCUACCAUUGUUCGUUAGUGUACUUAAGGAGAUUACCACCACUUCAAGUGACUUGGUUGAAAGACAGGGAGGGUGCAGUUUUUCCAUUUGAUAACAGAAGCUGGUCACAUUUCUACAAAUUCUACUUCAAAUGACUUGGCCUGAUGCUGCAUUUAUUUUUUUCUCGCAAAUUUGGCCUUUAAACUCUUACUAGAGUAUGUACUAAUGUUUGUCCUGUGUGAAGGCCUUUCUAUGUGUGCAGAUUUUGAUGACAACCUCUAGGGAGUUGUUGUUUCAGCCUACACAGCAGAUAUAUAUAUAUACAAUAUUUCUUAAACGCUGACAAUAUGGAUUCCAAAUGCAAAAAAGUAACACUCAGGACCAGUUCAGGUCUACACUGUAGGUCAGCAUUGAAGAAUGAUUAUAAAUGUAUCAAAUGGCAGUGCACGCUUGAAGUCUUCAGUAGUUGUGUUAUUUCUGAUCCAACUCCUACUUAAUGAAAAGAGAUGUUGACCAGGAAAGCGAACUGCACAGGUAAUAAACACAAAACACGGUGGAUUUAAUUAAGAAAAGAAAAAGGGACAAGGGUUUAUUUUUAAAUGACAUGUUUACGAGUACAUCGACUAAUACUAGUAAGUUUAAACAACAAGAAAAUAUGAAAUGUCACAAUUGUAGAUGGCUGCAAACUGAUGUGGUUUUAUAUUAAACUGCAGCUGAAUGAGAUUGCCAGUCCAUGAGGAGUAGCCAGAGCCAUCUACACCGUCAAUAGCUAGCAGCGCCUUCACAAACUAGAACGCGUUCCCUAGCUAAGGUAUUGCAUGUAUCAACCAAUGGUUGCUUGCAACGUCAUUAACCACGUCAUCGACUGACUGAUUGCAAUAACAUGAUGAGGGAAAUUGAUACUUCAAAUACCCAUCCAGGAGUUGUAAGAUUUGCCACCAGUCAGCCCUCUGAGCAAACGAACGCGCCUCACGGCUGGUCUAUAGUCCGUUCGUUGACAGACGUGAACUUGCAGCACGGUUCAAACACUAAAGGGGCAUGGAACCCGCGUUGAUGAUGGAUGACCGAUACCGCUAGGCUACAUAAUCAUGGCACUUGAAGAAGAUCAGUCAGUAUUUUCGCUCGAUAUUCUUAGAAAAAUUGCUUAAAUAACCAUUAAUGUAUUAGACCUAUUACAGGCUAACUAAUUAUGCACGUCGCUCCCAUUUUCAUUCUAGUUUCGAGUAUUAUUUCCAGGUCAAAAUCUCAGUUUCCUGUGCGGCUUGUUUGUACUAAAAAUGGCCGGUGAUGGAGGCGCUCUGAAGGAUAUAAAUGAGAUUAAAUCCCAGUUCAGGACUAGAGAGGGUUUUUACAAGCUGCUCACCCUCUCGGAUUCACAACAACGAGGCGGACUACCUCGGGGUCCGUCCACAGGUAACACGGUGGGCCCCGGGGGUGGACCGGGUUCGAUACCCGGUGGUGGUGUAGGUCUGGUGCAAGGGCCUGGAGCUGCCUCCAAUGCCGCAGCAAACUCCUCUCCGGCGGGCUUCCUCCCUCCUGUCAGGGUCUCCAUGGUGAAGCUUCAGCCAGAGGACCCGAGCGAAGAAUCAGAGAGAGUGUGUUUUAACAUCGGAAGAGAGCUUUAUUUCUACACCUACACAAAUAUCAAGAAGGCUGUGGACCUCAGUAAACCCAUAGACAAGCGUAUCUACAAGGGCACCCAGCCCACUUGUCAUGACUUCAACCAGUACUCUGCCACAGCUGACAGUGUGGCCCUCAUUGUGGGCUUCUCCGCAGGCCAGGUUCAAUACCUGGACCCCAUAAAGAAGGAGACAAGCAAGCUCUUUAAUGAGGAGAGAUUGAUAGACAAGUCCAAGGUGACCUGUCUGAAAUGGCUGCCCAAGUCAGAGAACCUGUUCCUGGCCUCCCAUGCCAGCGGGCACCUCUACCUCUACAACGUGGAUCACCCAUGCGGCACUGCCGCCCCACAGUACUCCCUGCUGCGCCAAGGCGAGGGCUUCGCCGUGUACGCCUGCAAGACCAAAACGCCCCGCAAUCCGCUGCUGCGCUGGGCCGUGGGCGACGGCGGCCUCAACGAGUUUGCCUUCUCACCGGACGGCGUGCACGUGGCGUGCGUGGGCCAGGACGGCUGCCUGCGCGUCUUCCACUUUGACUCCAUGGAGCUGCAGGGCGUGAUGAAGAGCUACUUCGGCGGCCUGCUCUGCGUCUCCUGGAGCCCAGACGGGAAGUACCUGGCCACGGGCGGCGAGGACGACCUCGUGACGGUGUGGUCGUUCGCGGAGAGCCGAGUGGUGGCCCGGGGACACGGCCACAAGUCCUGGGUGAACGUGGUGGCCUUCGACCCCUUCACCACCAGCCUGGAGGACGAGGAGCCCAUGGAGUUGAGUGGCAGUGAGGAGGACUUGCAGCAGGGGGCGCUGCACUUUGGCCGCGUGCGCACGAGCAGCACACUGUCCCGCCUCUCCCGUCACAGCUCCAAGGGCGGCUCGCCCUCCGUCACCUACCGCUUCGGCUCGGUGGGCCAGGACACCCAGUUCUGCCUGUGGGACCUGACGGACGACGUGCUGUACCCGCGGCUGCCCCUUUCCCGUGCCCUCACCAACACCUUCGGCCCCGCCAUUCCCGCCUCCAUCAGCGGCGCCAUCAACAACACUUCCGGGGGCAGUGGUGGGGUGGUAGGUGGGGUGGAGGGCCAUCACCACCCCACCACUAGCCCCCACCAGCCCCCUGCCAUGCCCCUGCCCCUCCCUCGCUCCCUGUCGCGGUCCAACUCCCUCCCCCACCCGGCCGUGGCCAACGUCUCCAAGGGCCAGGGUGCGGCGGAGGGAGGUGGGGGGAGCGGAGGGGGCAACUCCACCCCGUUCAGUAUCGGCCGCUUCGCCACCCUCUCCCUGCAGGAGCGGAAGUCGGACAAGUCCGGGGGCGCCGGGGGCGGCGGGGAGAAGGAGCACAAGCGCUACCACAGCCUGGGCAACAUCAGCAAGAGCAACGACAAGAUCAACGUGGCGCCGCGCAGCAGCCGCCUGGACGCCGCCAAAGUGCUGGGCACCACGCUGUGCCCGCGCAUGAACGAGGUGCCCCUCCUGGAGCCGCUGGUGUGUAAGAAAAUCGCCCACGAGCGGCUGACCGUGCUGGUGUUCAUGGACGACUGCAUCAUCACCGCCUGCCAGGAGGGCCUGAUCUGCACCUGGGCCCGGCCGGGAAAAGCGAACUUGACAGCACAGAACGGGAAUUCUCCCAGUGGCACAGUGGUAUAGCUGGACGUGGAACUUUGCGCACCCCCCCCCCCCCCCCCCCC